UGACAUAGAACCAUUGUGACCUCUGUAAUUCUGUUUUCUUGUGUUACCGGUCAUAAGAUGAACCACUCAGGUGGCACAACAAACUAAAAACUUCAGCUGAACUCCUUUAUUUUAGGAGCCUUCAUUCUGGUGAAGAGUUCUCGAGCCAAGGAAUUGCAAAUUUUUCCCUUUCUUCCAAGGCAACCUGAUUACCUCCCGUUGCAUAGAAUCAUUAUAACUGUUGCUUGUUUAGAACUUUCAGAUAAAUAUAAAAACUUAAGAAAAAGGUCAGUUCUUAGGAUAUUAUACGGCUAUUGGAAGCCGGUCAUCAACUGGUGGAUUGUAUUUGGGAUAUACUUUAAUCCUUGAUUUUGAGCAAUAUAUAAAGUCCAGACAGCAGGGGAAGCUACAGCAGAGUACACCUUCCUAUGCUGCCCCUUAACUGGAACACAAGCAAAAUCUUAAGUCAGCAUCAGCGGUCAAGGCGUAAACUUCUGUGACUCUUAACAACCCUCAACACCAUCUGUAACAACAACAAUAAACACAACACCUUCAAAUACUGAUCUUUGUGGCCAAUCAGCAAAUGUAAAUGAAAAUAAAUUACUUCUUGUAAACUAAGGCACACCAGUCCUGUAUGUGCUAAGGUUUGCAUCUACUACUUGGUAGAAGUCUGGCAUCAGUUUACAAAGCAUAUAGUGUAUGUACACUACAGAAUAAUAAUGUCACCAGAUGAGGAACUGAGUCAUCUCUCUGAUGAAGAAUAUCUGAUAUUUCGGGCCAAGGAGCAGCAAAAAAAAGAUCCAUGUGCAGCCAAAUGCUGGAUGAUAACGGCUCAAGCACUGUUUCCAAAGAACUUUGGAAUUCAGUUUGAGGUAUACCAGAUUGAGAAGGCUGCUAAAAAUGUGAAAGAAGCAGCAAAAUGCCUUGGUGUAUUAUUAAGAGAGUUUGCCCCUGAGCCAGUGCUGUGGCGAGAAGUAGAUACCAUCAUGUCAGCUUUACGCCAAAGCACUCCUGACUCUCAGACAUCAUUCCUUACUUAUCUAUUCAACAUGCUUCCUAAAGAUGUUCAGUUGGCAAUGGUAUUGUCGGCAGCAGAGCGUUCUCAAGACACCAUGACUCGUUGUCGUCUCAUGCUCCUCCUGACCACCACCUUUCCUGAGACCACUGCCCACCAUGGGUUACAGUUGGUGGAGAGUUUACUUGCUGCUGAGAAACAUUGCCCAGGACCACUUAACCCAUUCAGACGAAUGCUUGUGUGUGAUUUGUUACCAAGAUUGUUACAAACUCAUGGGUUGGAGGUGCGUCCUAAGACACUCUAUAGUCUUCUCUCUAGAGCAAUAGAGUUUUAUGUAGCUUAUGUCACCACUCCACCUAAAAUCAUGCAG